AAAGACGCAGCUGGCCAGAAGAACGUUCAGAAGGACUUAGGCUGAACUACAUUUUCCAAUCGGUGGAGGAAAACUAUUUAACGUCAUCACUCACUGGCACAUGCGCAAAAGGCUAGGGAUGAGGACGAGUAAGCAACAAGUAAAGCGAGAACAACAAGGUAAACAAAGCUAUGUUUACCUAGCGACACUAAUUCUAGCUAAAUUGGUUAGUCACCGAACACUUGAGUUACUUAUCUAACCAACAAGCUAUACAAAACAUUUUGGCUCGUGAAAUUGCAGAACCAUUUGCCAAACUAACGUUAGCUAAUUUAUUUUCUGUACAAUAACGUUAGCUGGCUACAACAACAAGUCUUAUUUCCUACUACGAUAGCAACGCAGCUAGCUACCAAGAAGAUGAGUGUGUGACCCAGACAGGGCCAAGAAGACACAGAUUUCGGACACCAUGAAUCCUGAAUAUGACUACCUGUUCAAACUGCUUCUGAUUGGUGAUUCAGGGGUGGGAAAGUCUUGCCUCCUGCUUCGAUUUGCGGAUGACACCUACACGGAAAGUUUCAUAAGCACCAUCGGCGUGGACUUCAAAAUCCGAACUAUUGAAUUGGAUGGCAGGACCAUCAAACUACAGAUUUGGGACACUGCUGGUCAGGAGCGGUUUCGCACCAUUACCUCCAGCUAUUACAGAGGAGCCCAUGGUAUCAUCGUUGUCUAUGAUGUAACAGAUCAGGAGUCUUACAACAAUAUAAAGCAGUGGCUGCAGGAGAUUGGCCGCUAUGCCAGCGAGAAUGUCAACAAGCUGCUGGUGGGUAACAAGUGUGACCUCACCACCAAGAAGGUAGUAGACUACACGACAGCCAAGGAAUUUGCUGACUCCCUAUCCAUCCCCUUCCUGGAGACCAGUGCGAAGGACGCAACUAACGUGGAGCAAUCCUUCAUGACCAUGGCGGCUGAGAUUAAGAAGCGCAUGGGGCCUGGUGCCACGGCAGGAGGAGAGAAGCACAACCUGAAGAUUGACAGCACUCCAGUGAGGCAGUCUGGGGGAGGAUGCUGUUAGGACGGUCCUGCCCUCUCCUCUCACCCCCAGAGGCCCAUGAGUAGAGUAACAGUAUUGGGUUGAAGUUGGGGUACUUCUGACAGAACUGGAAAAUAUGGUGGUGGGAUCUUCAAGAACUGGCUGACAUUUUUUACCUCUUGACCAAUGCCCAUAAUUGAGUGAGUAAGAGUUUUGUGCUGAAGGAAUAGUCCCCCCUCAACUCUAAAACAAAAUAAAAAAAAAAUAAGAAAGAAAUUUCAACGAUAUGCACAGAAGUGGAAAUAACUUAAUAAAACAAAUGUGAUAAGGCAUAACUGAUUGUAACUAAUCCAGCACUUUCUGUCUCAUAUGUAUCACAUAAUUUUUUUUUUAACACACUCACACAUAUAGUGUGAUUGCAAGAAAUCAUGGAUGUUCUUUCAACUGUGGUUGACUAUAUUACUUAAGUAAUAAGGCCUGUGGAGGUGUGGUAUAUGGUCAAUAUACCACGGCUAGGGGCUGUUCUUAGGCACGAGGCAAUGCGGAGUGCCUGGACACAGCCCUCAGCCAUGGUAUAUUGGCCAUAAAUCAUUGGGCCCGUGCACACAAACACGAUAUAGGGCUGCUGUUGAGCAAAAGGAGAGGACAUGGUGAAGUCAAAACAGUUUUCACAACCUGGGGAUCACGUGGUAAAUGGAAACCUGCCAUCAUGGUGUUCACAUCUUUAAUGUCUGAUUUAAUCAUUGCUAUAUGAUACUAUUAUUACAUGGUGGUUUUAUUACUGUGAUGUUUGUUUUUGAUUCUGUUUUCUAAUCUAGAAUGUGUAUAAUCAAUUAUGUUGUCACCUAAUGAUUGAGUGCAUAACCAAAGGCUGACAGCAUUUGGUUCUUUCUGGAGUGGAAGCUGGCUAUAAACAGGAGGGAAUUAAGGAAUGUCCAAUACUUGAGCAUUUCAUUUGACCUCACAUCAAUUCAGAAUGCUGCUGUACCAUCACAGCUUUACAUGUUCCCUAUACUAUAUGGGCAACCUCUGGUUGGUGUCUGACAGCUUUCCUUUCAUUAUUACAGUACUAGCCAGCAGAUGCUCUUAUCCAGAUCAAAUACACACAUAUUUAAUUGACAGAGGUAUUGAACUGCCCAUUGUUCAGCACCGCAAGCAAUUAAGGUUAAGUGCCUUGCUCAAGGGCACAUUGACAGAUUAUUCACUUAGUUGGUUCAGGAAUUCCAACAAGCAACUUUGCGGUUACUGGGCGGACGCUCCUAACCGCUAGCUCCUAACCGCUAGCUCCUAAACGCUAGCUCCUAACCGCUAGGUUACCUGCCGCCUAUAAGGCCCUGGUCCAAAGUACUGCACUUAAUAGUUUGCAACCCUGCAGAAAAACAAUAUAGGCCCCCCCCUUACAGUGAAGCUAAAAAUUGUACUUCUUAAAGUUCAUUUUCUGUCAUUCUACAUAUUUUGCCAUGGGACUUUGAGAAAAUGUAGCAGUUUUAAAGCACGUUUUCUGCUAUUCUACAUAUUUUGCCAUGGUAUGGAGAGAGAUUUUUGCAGUUUUCAAAGCUAAUUUCCUGUAAUUCUACACAUUUUGUAAUGACAUGCCAUGUUAAUAUGGUCUGAGUGAGAAUAACGAAAUCAAUGUUGGCCCCCUGGAGGUCUGGUUCCCUGCACACUUGUCCGGUCAUGAUUACAAGUUUAGAUAGCUUGCUAGACUAACUGCCAAUCUAACCAUUGUUAGCUGGCAUGGCUAAUUUGUUGACUGUCAGUGAGAGACAUAACAAGAGAAAAAGUAAGGAUGCACAAGCACAUUUUUAAAUUUCACCUGGUGUUUUCUACUAUUGUUACUCUCAAAAGUAAAUUGAGACCCGACUGAGUUCCUGAUUUAAAAAUAUAUAUUUGGUCGUGGGGGCCCUAAGCAACCACGUCGCUUAUGCCUGGAACCGGACCUGUUACUAGCUCAACAAUGCCAUUAGUCUCCAUGAUCCAGCAUUAAAGGAAGGUUAGAUUUUGGUAUGUGUUGAAAUGAAUUUUUUUUUUAAGAGUAUGGCACACAUAGCCUGCCCCAGUUAGGCUUUGUUUGAUUGUAUUGUUUUCAUGUUUGAAUGUUUGCUUCAACUUUAACUGCAGAUGUCUAUGCUAAUGAUCAUUAUAGAGGGAGAGCGAGACAGAGGACCGAAGAGAUAACACCAGCAUCUCAAAUUAGUAUGGGGAUUACAACAAGAGAAACUUUUGUUGUCCUGAAUAAAUACUGUAGAACUGGG